GUGAUGAUGGCGAGUAUGGCCUGGACCAGACGUGGUUCUGCUGUUGCUGAUGCUUCAGUUAGUGUGCCGUUAGUUUGGCUUUCUCUCCCGGGCCUGGAUGUGUAGACAUGACUAUUAGAUCUUCCUCCACCCCCUAGUGCAGCCAUGACUGGUGGAACUUCCCAGUGUAGCUAUAGCUGGUAGGACCCCCAACUGCAGCCAUGACUGGUGCUACUGGGACCCGUCCUGCUUAGCCACUACCUGGCCACCAGAGCAACGCUGUACUGCAGCUCUCUACAACAGUUGCUGCCACUGAUCACACGCUCCUUGACCACUGUGGCUGUGUAAUAUGUGGUGAGGCCAGCAGUGUAUGUAGCGCAUACUCUUCAGUGCCACUCAAGAAUAAGCGCCACAACUAUAAGAGUGAUGUGAUUUGGAUAAUGUUCUCACUAUUUUGGUUUUGACAAAGAGAUGUACACAUGUUUUUGUGACUGACAUCAAAAGUGCUUGCCUUCGUUCAACACCACCUCCGUCUUUAAAACUGUGACAGGAUGCGGCGCUGGACGCUGGAAGGUGACCUGUGGCCAGGAUCCCUUGUUGGCUUGACUCUGCUGACCUGUCUCAUACUGACCUCAUUCUCAGUAGUCAGCAACUCCGUGGCUUCAGCUGCUGAUGUCACCACCCUGGCUGAGUCACCAUCAGCACUUCACCCGGAUGACCUUCGACACUCAGAGGGCUCCCUGAAGAGUGGCGAGGAGUCGUCUAGAAUGUUAGAGCAAGAGGGCCACGGCGAGGUGUCCCCGAUACAAUUACUACAAGAGGACCAACAACACCAGAACCAUUAUCACAGUCAUCAUCAAGGGCAUAUACACCUUCCACUCUCUACUCCAUUACCCUUGGCCACUCCCCUCAUCCCGAUAUUUCUUCCAAAAGAGAGUCAACUAUUGGCAUCUAGGGAGGAGAAGGAUCCUGGAACCUCUGAAGUAUACUCUUUAUCAGCACUGUUAACGGAGCCAGAAAAACACAAUUAUCACAUGGUUGAACAACAGCAUGAAGCUAGUAAAAGGAUCGGCAAGCCAAUGCAGCUUCAAGGUCUGGAAAAUGAAAAAGAACGGGGUAGACUUACGGCAAAGAUAAGAGAAGAUUAUCUAAUUACCGGAGUUGAGCCAGUUACUAGUAUUUGGCACCAAAGAUUGCCACUUGCACACAAGAAUACAACACAACCAGAUAAAAAUGUGGACAGCAGCAUCAUCUCACAUCUUGGUAGUGAACCUCUAUACUCUCGCACUCUAGCGGGGCGGAAUGACGAGCCCGACGUAAGCUUCGUUGGAAGUUUACUUUUUCCUCCAGAAAACAUAUCCUCCACUUGGAAUCUCGGUUAUGGUGCUGUGGAGAAUAACAUACGCCAGAGUUUUCCGGUAAUAUUUGGAAAUGCUAAUAAUAGUAACAACGGCCAAAAGUUUGCAUCUGUUACAAGGCAGGCUCCAUUUCAGACGCCUCCUGUCUCCUACACGCCACAGAGUUCUAUAAUCCAUGGGGACAGCAACACACAGCAGUUAUCGCACCCUGAUCUCAGUCAGUUACUCCGUGUGGUACAACUUGCUCUCAGUGAGGACUUAGAAGUAAAAGACUAUCUCUCCCAGUUAACAAGUUCUCCAGUACCACCAGUUUCUUUCGCUCCGUCUACCUUUGGAGUAAAACCCUUUAAUUCUGAAGGAUUUCAAAGUUCUAUCAGCCCUGAUCAAACAGCUUGGCAAACAGCUCCCUCCAAUAAUGUUAUACAACUUCCACAAAAUUAUCAAAACUAUGCAUUCCAUAAUCUCUCAAUUCCUUACCAGGAACAAGAUCUUCAAAAUGACCCGGUAUCACCAGGUAUAAGGAAUCCUGAAAACGAGCCAAACUAUUUCGGGGAUGAGCCUUACAUACCAGCCCUUGGCAGCCCUCUAGACAAUCCGCAAUUCACAAAUUUUGAUCUGAGGCUUACUCCGGACGCGACGGUGAUUGCCCAGCCUUCAGCCGAGCCGGUCGCCGCCUCCAGUAGCUCCACGGUGGGUGCAGCCACCACCAGUACCUCCAGCGUCACCGACUGCCUCGCCAACAUCUGUGCCCUGCUGGCGGCCACUGCCCUGGCCUUGGGCGCCUCAACUGCUGUUGCCUUGCCUUUUAUCGCUACAGGCAUUUCCGGAAGACGAAAGAGAAACGUUGAUAAUUCAUUUUUAACUCCAAAGAAUGUAACAGAGUUCGUUAACGAUUACAUAAGUUACAUCAAAAAUGGUUCCGUGAUUAUACCUUGGUCAGAACACGUUUUCAGCGCUCUCCUUGACCCAACUAAUGAUUCGGCAAGAGAUAUAUUUAAAAAACUUGAAAAACAAAUAAUUAAAAACAAAGAUAAGCUUCCGAACUUUAUCCUUCGAGAAACACCAUUAAAAGGGCCCAUUCCAAUCCCAGACGAAGAAAUUCUAGCGAUCAUUAACACAAAGACGGGUGGAGUUCCUGAGCUGCCCGAGGUAGAGGUUGAAGACACACUGGCAAGUGAACAAGGAAACACAGGUGCCCGGGACGUAACACAUGUUCACAUGACAAGGAGCUACGGUCGGUGUAAUACAUUAAUAUCCUCAAAACCACCAGCUGCACUUGUUCAGACUUUGGAUACUGAAUAUACACACGAUAAUGGGAAGAAACAAGACUUGCAAGACACAGGUGUUGCGACGAGAUCUACAAUGCAGCCCUCCACCGUAACACAGCAUGGCUCGCCCUACUCUCCACUCAACGACCGAUUAAAAUCAUCCUUGGCAGGCGCACGUGACUUCCCAUAUGCCAGUAACGAUCUUCAUCCUCCUGAAAGCGUUCGCAUUUUGGAUUCUUUACGCCCGUCAGCUCUUCAAAGUCUACCUCUUAAUUAUUACUCCUUACCGCUUCCUAAGUACAUAGCGUCAGCAGCUCCACGCACACAUGACGACCCGGGUACGGGUAUGGUAAUAAAUGGUACGGGUAUGCUUCUGGGGGCACAGAGCCAAGGUAUAGCAGGAUCGCCACUGCGACCGAAGACAGCGACCUUCUACCGCAUAGUGUGUGGAACUCUUGACCCACACAUCCCAGACAAUGACAUUAUCAAGUUCAUCGCCAACAAGUGUAGUAUUCUCCAGCGUGUGGGAAUAAUUUAACACAGCUUCAUAGGUUUUUAUUCCCUAAAAUAUUUCUCAGCAAGGAAAUCCUUCCUUGCCACGAAUUACAGCAACAAUGCAUAAAUGAUAAACCAUUUGUAACAUGAUAUGUAGUGGCUAAUAUUAAUUCUUCAUAAUACUUGAAAAUAAUUGAGAGAAGAACCUCUGUCUACUCGGCUCCUCUUACACUGUGUAACAGUUAUUUAGAUUUUAAAAUAUACUGAAGACUUUUGUAUUUUGUGGUGGUAUAGUUACAUAAUUUAUUAUUUAUUCUGACAGGUAAUUUAUAUAGAGUAGAAAUAUAUGGAGGAAAUUAGUGGUACUUGUGGUACCUCAGUAUCUGUGGUACCUCACUAGUAUCUCAGUACUUGUGGUACCUCACUUGUACCUCAGUACUUGUGGCACCUCACUAGUAAUUCAGUACUUGUGGUACCUCAGUUUUAUCUCGGUACUUGUGGUACCUCACUAAUAUCUCAGUAGUCUGUAUAACCCAUACGGGUUAAGUGCCUUUUAUUUAAUAUAAUCUAAUAAGAACAAGACUAGAUAUUACUUAGUGUUUUUCUUUAAUUUACAAUAUGCCCAUUGCAAUAAUUUUCUCUUGAUUCAUAUAUUGUAUUAUUUCUGUAUUAAUUUAGAUGUGAAUAAACAGAUUAAUGGUGCAGCAGUGGACCCACUACGUGCCAGCACCUCUGUCGAGUCCCUGUCCAUUCUUCUGUUUAUGAACUGACAGUCGUUCAUUACGACUGAUCUUGAGUGUAGUUUACACUUUUUUGUAGUCCAUAGACAUGCUGUUUAUUCAUUAAUAAAUUUCUUGUUCUAUU